AUGGAGAUGAUGACUGAGAAACAGAGAGACAGUAGGUAUUUCUGGAACAAGACUCCUGAAAAAAGCGAUUAUGAGGCUGUAGAAGCGCUUAUUUCUAUGAGCUGCAAUUGGAAAUCAGACUUCAAAAAACAUGCAGAAAUGAGACCUAUAACUCCAGCAUCUGAUAUGUCAGAAGAGAGCGAUGAGACCUUGCUUCCUGGAGCAGCGGACUUCAAUGCGAUACCAGCUUUUUGCCUGACCCCCCCUUACAGCCCUUCUGACUUGGAGAUGUCACAGGUGGUCAGCAAGUCGCUGGCCGAGGGUGCCAAAUCUCCUCUGCCUGCUGUGCCUCGGAGAGAGGCAGAGAGGCCUCCAGCAGCUGGGCCCCUGAAAGCUCAGGUGACAAGCGUUAUUCGCCACACAGCCGAUGCCCAGCUUUGUAAUCGCCAAACCUGCCCGGUGAGAACAGCCAGUGUGCUGAAAUACCCGGAUGGUGCUUCGAGGGAAGCCAGCAGUAAGCAAAACCUGGAAGCAGAGCAUGCAGAGUGUUCCGCCGUGGUGCUGAGCAGAGCCAGUGAUGAGAGCGGAGAGCUGCCGGUGGUGGAAGGGAGAACUGCAGAAACAGCCGUCGCUCCGGUGCCCCUCACAAAGCCCUUGGUCAGCAGCAGGCAUCAGGCUGUGCCAGUGAUCCCGUCGUGUCCUGCCCAAGGCAGUGGAGCCCCUCCUGUGCCCGUGAUUUGCCAGAUGGUCCCUCUGCCCGCGAGCAACAACGUUGUGACAGCUGUGGUGCCCAGCGCUGUGCCAAGCCAGCAGCCGGCUCUGUGUCAGCCCAUGGUCUUCAUGGGCACCCAAGUUCCCAAGGGUGCUGUAAUGUUUGUUGUGCCCCAGCCAGUUGUGCAGAGCCCCAAGGCUCCCAUUAUUAGUCCAAACGGCACAAGACUCUCUCCCAUUGCCCCUGCUCCCGGCUUUGUACCUUCUGCAGCAAAAACCACUCCUCCGGCUGAUUCUUCGAGAAUAAGAAGUCACAUUUGCAGCUACCCAGGAUGUGGGAAAACAUACUUCAAGAGCUCCCAUUUGAAGGCCCAUGUCAGAACACACACAGGAGAAAAGCCUUUCAGCUGCAGCUGGAAGGGCUGUGAGAGGAGGUUUGCACGAUCUGAUGAACUGUCUCGCCAUCGCAGAACGCAUACUGGGGAGAAGAAGUUUGCCUGCCCCAUGUGUGAGCGGCGGUUCAUGAGGAGCGACCAUUUAACGAAGCAUGCCCGUCGCCACUUGUCGGCCAAGAAGUUGCCCAACUGGCAGAUGGAAGUGAGCAAGCUGAACGACGUCGCUGUGCCGACCGCAGCAGCCACCGCGCACUAG